ACAAUUUCUUCAUCCGCAAUCUACGUUUCGCAAUUCAAAAUGUUGAAUCUGUUGAGAGGUACCUUAUUUACCUGUUGCCUAUCUAAUUUCAAAUUAACAAUGAAACACCGUACACUUUUAUUUUUUCAAUUUUUUGCCAUAUGACUGCAAACCGUAGUCACUGAAGCAAGACCUACUGACAUUAAACUUUGAAUUUUAAUUAAUUUCGCUUAAUAGUUUAAUUAUUUACUGACUACUUUUUUAUAGAUAUUUUCUUUUUUUUUUUUGAAAAUGUUAUUCUUAAGAUGUACUUUCGCUAUUAUUCAAAUCAUUUCAAUUGCAUCGUCUCAAAAGAUAAGCUCCAGAAAUAAACAAAGCACUACCAUUUCUCAAGAUACUACUUAUAAAUUAUGCCAUAUGGGAAUCGAAAAAAAUUUUAAACCAAUCUUAGAUGAAAUGUUAAUUGAAAGAGUUGUUGGAACAAAUAAUCAUGAAUUUAUAAAAAUGUACAUCGCAGAAGAAAUGAAGAAUAAUGGUUGGGUAGUGGAACUAGAUGAAUUCAAAGCCUCAACACCAAAAGGUGUGUACAAUAUGGCUAAUGUUGUAGCUACUCUAAACCCUAUGGCUGACCGGUAUAUAGUUAUUGCUUGCCAUUACGAUUCAAAAUUAAUGGAUUUUUAUUUUGUCGGCGCAACUGAUUCAGCAGUGCCUUGUGCUAUGAUGCUAUACAUGGCAGGAUCAUUAAACCAACGACUUGAAACCUUUAAAAAUACUCCUUUAAGCUUGAUGAUGGUAUUUUUCGAUGGGGAAGAAGCUUUUGUAGAAUGGUCAGAAUCAGAUUCUCUUUAUGGUUCACGACAUUUAGCUUCAAAGAUGGAGAAUACCAAAUUUCUACAUAAUGGUCGACAAUUAAAUCAAUUAUAUAGAAUAGAAUUUUUAAUGUUACUAGAUUUGUUAGGCACAAAGAAUCCAAACUUCUAUAACUAUUUUCCAGAAACUGCUGAUCUAUAUCGAUCUUUAAUCAAAUCUGAAACAAUCUUAAACAAGACUGGUUGUUUAAAUGAAUAUACUAAUACCUAUUUCCGCCCAAUGUCUGCAUUUGUUCAAAUUGAUGAUGAUCAUAUGCCAUUUUAUCAAAGAGGAAUUGAAGUAGUUCAUAUGAUUCCAAAUCCAUUUCCAAAUGUUUGGCAUAAAAAAAGUGAUAAUAAAGAUGCAUUACACAUGCCAACAAUACUGAACUUAAUAAAAAUUGUUCAAAUAUUUCUAGUUACUUAUUUGGAAAAUCAGUAA